AUGGCGAGCGGGAUGCUUGGCCCCGCCGGGGAGGGCGGCUGCACCGCGCUGGAAGGCAAAGACGAGGCGGCGGGCACCGCGGCCGGAGCAACGGCAGCAGCAGCAGCAGCAGCAGCCACGGGAGACGGCGUCGGCGUCGGCGUCUCUUCCAGGCUGGCGGCGAAUGAGGAGGACCAGGAGCCGGCCGAGAGCGCUCCCUGCCCGCCCCCGGCUCAGCCCCCGCACCACCUCCUGCUCCUGCUGAGGAAAUCGCCCAGCAGCUCCCUCUGCCUCGUCCAGGAGGAAGAUGCCCUGUUGCCCGGGGACCCCGCCGCGCUGGGGCGAGCGGGAGCCCCUGCCACCCCCCUGGGCCGGAGUGGGCCUCCGUUGACCUCUGCCCGGGGCUCUGCCCUGACGCCCCCGGCCAGCAUCACCUGGGGGGACGACGUGAGGAAAUGCGGCUACCUGAGGAAGCAGAAGCAUGGGCACAAGCGGUACUUUGUGUUGCGGGCGGAGAGUCACCUGGGCCCGGCCCGGCUGGAAUACUAUGACAGCGAGAAGAAGUUCAAGAGUAGCUUAAGGGCGGCGGCAGCGGCGGCGGCUGGAGGGAAUGUGGCCCUUUGCUGCCCGUCCCCCAAAAGGGUGAUUCCCCUCUACCAGUGCUUCACGGUCAGCCGGAGGGCAGAUGCCAAGCAUAAACACAUCAUUGCCCUGUAUACCAAGGAUGAGUACUUUGCCAUGGUGGCGGAGAACGAGCCCGAGCAAGAAGGGUGGUACCAGGCCAUCAGUGAGCUCAUGAGCCAAAGCAAGAGGGUUCUUGGAGCAGGAGGACCAGGCCGAUCAGCAGCUGGCGACGACGACGAGCACUACGGAGCUACCCUCCGCCCAGGAACGGUGUUCAAAGAAGUUUGGCAAGUCAACGUGAAGCCUAAGGGUUUGGGGCAGACCAAGAAUUUGACAGGGGUGUACAGGUUAUGCCUUUCCAGCAAGGCCAUUCACCUGGUCAAGCUCAAUACUGAAGUACCCUCCGUCCACUUGCAACUAAUGAACAUUCGGCGAUGUGGGCACUCGGAAAACUUUUUUUUCAUUGAAGUGGGCAGGUCAGCCUCCAUUGGACCAGGUGAGCUAUGGAUGCAAGUAGAUGAUUCGGUGGUUGCCCAGAACAUGCAUGAGACUUUUCUAGAGACCAUGAAAGCUCUAAAAGCCUUCUCUGAGUUUAGACCUCGCAGCAAGAGCCAGUCUUCUGGUGGUGGCAGCAGUACCAACCCUAUUUCCUUCAUAACGACCAGGAGGCAUCUUGGUAAUCUACCCCCUAGCCAGACUGGCCUGCAAAGAAGGUCCCGAACUGAAAGUGUUACAGGGGGGACUCCUCCCACUACCAAAAGCAGCAGUGCUUAUCGCUUCAGAACUUCUAGUGAAGGGGAGGGGACGAUGACCAGACCAUUUAGAUCAGUUACUGGAAGUCUGAUUCAUUUGAAUACUGCAAGGAUGAAUUUGGGCCGCCAAGAAGGGAGUGGACGAUACGUUAGAGCAGCAUUUAGCUCUUCUUAUCAUACUAGGUCUGCCUCUCUGCCAGUUUCUCAUUUUCCUUCUACUACUAGUCCCAUCAGUGUUUCUUCGGGAAGUGGGCAUGGAUCAGUGACCGAUAACUUUGUAAGGCCUUCCAGUUCGUCUGUGUGUGGGUCCCCAAGCGAUGGAGGUUUCAUCUCCUCAGAUGAAUAUGGUUCUAGCCCUGGAGACUUUAGGUACUUUCGUGUCAGAAGUAACACGCCAGAUUCCUUGGGCAAUACUCCACCAAUCAGAGAAGAAAAUUGUUUAAAUGAAUACAUGUCCAUGAACAAACAGCAAACGGAUAAUAGUUCAAGAGAUGAUUACCGGGAGGCUGACAAAUGCUUUAGAAAAAGAACAUACUCAUUAACUAAGCCUGCCUCAGUACCGGGACAACCGAAAACAGCCCAAACUACUUUAGAUGAAGAUUCCUCAGGAAGCCACGGACGCCUGUCUUGUUCUGAAUCACCAAGAUUUAAAAAUAACCCUGAACUUGAGUAUGAGGAAUCAAUUCUUGAUUCUGUAUGUAAUCAAAGCAAGAAUAAAGCCAGAGAUGAUGGGUACAUGCCAAUGAUGCCAGGAGUUGCAUCUUCUCUUGCAAGCAACAGUGACUACUUGCCAAUGACUCCUAAAAGCACGUCUGUUCCAAAGCAGAUCAACAGUUCCUGGUUGUCAACUCAGGCUGAUUCUAAAGGAUAUAUGAUGAUGUUUCCCCGGACUGUCUCUUCGCCUAUACGUAAUCCAUUAACUGAGUUUAAUUCUAAAUCUGGCCAUGAAAAGUCAACAAAUAAUGAGUAUAUGGAUAUGUCUCCUGGAAAUUCUGCUGCUCCAAAGCAACCCUGUGAUCCAGAUUAUAUGCAUGCCAACAUGGAUUCCAAAAAUUUUGGCUCAUAUUUCUCUCUCCCACGAAGCUUUAAGGCUGUAACUGGGGAACAUGAUGAAUAUGUUCCAAUGUCAUCACCUGGAAAAUUAUUGUACGUUGGAUCUGAAAAUGGGAAAAGCAACGAAGUUCUGGCUAAUGGCCUUUCCAGAUCACCCCAUCUGAAAAGUUCAGAGGAAGGCCUUGCGCAGAACAGGGUGACUAGGCCUACAAGACUUCCACUCGGUACUAGAGGUAGUAACACCAUCCCAAGAAUGUACGAUCGCACAAUUCCACUUGAGCCAUCUAGCCCCGGUGAAUAUAUAAAUAUAGACUUUGGGGAGAAAGCGAGUAACACGCCGUAUUCCUUAUCUGCAGAAGGAUCUCCAUCAUCUCUCGGUUCCAGUAGUGACCAUAGGCAGUCGCCGCUUUCCGACUACAUGAGUGUUGAUCUGGACAUCCAGUCCCCCAAAGCUGCUAAAGAACUAUCUAACUCUUUGACGGACAUUUCCAUUUAUGCAAAUUCGAGUCUCUCUAGAAACCUGCCUGAUGCUGACUAUGCUAGACUUUCCUUUGGUACGGCUUGUGUUAGCACAGCAUGUGGCCGGAUUGAUGACUACACCGAGAUGACCUUCAACAUGGCAGCCACACCACCUGGACCAUUUGCCACAGAAAGCAAAAACGGAUUAAAGAUUGAUAGUCCUCCUUCUAUAGUUAACCGACUGUGCAUUGUUGACCAGUAUGCUGGUCACAGGGACUUCCCUCCCUCGAAUCCGGAUCCUCCCGUAGUCCCUAAAGUCAUUCGAGCUGACCCCCAGGGGAGGAGGCGGCACAGCUCCGAGACCUUUUCUUCUGCAGCCACUGUGACCACUUCUUCCUCUUUCUUUACUGACAGUAGUAAAAGGCACAGCUCGGCCUCUUUCGACAACGUGUGGCUGAAACCCGAGGAACACAUUUCCGAUGGUCACGAAAGCAAGAUGUCCAGAGAUACUUCCACCGGGUUCCAGAAUGGCUUAAAUUAUAUAGCUCUCAAUUUACGGGAGAAUUCACUAAACUGUGAGGAGAGCCCCAAUACACCAAACUGCCACCUCUCAAACG